UACUUCCUCCUUACCGCCUGCCCACCUUACCGCCUGCCCACCUUACCACCUCAAAUCCUUCCCUUCUCAUCCGCGCACAGGUGUGGCGGAAGGUGCACGUGGUGCGGAGCAUAUUGGCGCUGGGGUACGACGUGGUAUUAACUGAUCGUGCGGUUCUCUGGGGUGUCAACUCGCGCGCCGUCAUCGCCAACGCCAAUCUCUUUACGGCCACCGAAGCACCGCAUCCAGCAGAUCUUCACUGGAUCUGCCCUGAGGCGAGCUGGCAGAGCUGUGAGGCAGCCUCCUCUCGAGACUGCCUUCAGCCUCCCCUGCUGCCCCAUACGCUCUGCCUUCAGGCAAGGAGUUGA